AGCCAACCGCACCGCGGCGCGCGGCGAACUCGGUGUGCAGAAAGCGAGCGCGACGGACGAGAUGGCAAACGUGGCGCUGCUGUCCGCCGCCUCGCCCUCCACCUCCUCCGCCGCUCCCCGGCUCCGCCACGUCGCUCGCCGUCGGCCGUCUCGCCGCUCCGCCUGCCCCCGAAGCGCGGCCUCCAGGCUCUCCAUCAUGGCUGCAUUGGGCGAGGAUCCAAUCAGGCAAUGGAUUCUAACUGAAGGGAAGGCCACGAAGAUCACCGGGGUCAGUUCCAUCGGCGGUGGCUGCAUUAACUCUGCUCAGUGCUACAAGACCGAUGCCAGUUCCUUCUUUGUGAAGACCAAUGGGCGUAUUGGUCCAUCUAUGUUUGAAGGGGAGGCUCUUGGUUUGAAGGCCAUGUAUGACACAAAUUCAAUCCGUGUUCCAUUGCCAUACAAGGUUGGGUCAUUACCAACUGGUGGUUCUUUUAUAAUCAUGGAGUUUAUUGAAUUCGGUUGCUCUAGAGGUGACCAGUCAGCUUUGGGAAGGAAACUAGCUGAAAUGCAUAAAGCUGCCAAAUCUGACAAGGGCUAUGGUUUCUAUGUUGACAAUACAAUUGGAAGCACUCCGCAAAUUAACACUUGGACUGCCGACUGGAUUGAGUUUUAUUCAAAGCAUAGAUUGGGCUUCCAAUUAGAGUUGAUAACCCAACGAUUUGGAGAUUCGGCAAUAUAUGAUAAAGGUCAGCGAUUGAUCGAGAAUAUGCAUCCACUUUUUGAAGGCGCUGUUAUGGAGCCAUGCUUGCUUCAUGGGGAUCUAUGGAGUGGAAACAUAAGUUCUGAUACUAAUGGUGAACCUGUUAUAUUGGACCCAGCUUGCUACUAUGGCCACAACGAAGCGGAGUUUGGUAUGUCAUGGUGCGCUGGAUUUGGGGGGGAAUUCUAUAGCUCCUAUUUUGAGGUGAUGCCGAAACAGCCAGGCUUUGAGAAGAGGAGGGACCUGUAUCUUCUGUACCACUAUCUGAACCACUACAAUCUUUUUGGCUCCGGGUACCGCUCAUCAGCUAUGUCCAUUAUCGAUGACUACUUGAGGAUGCUGAAGGCUUAGCUUCUUCCGUUUCCCUCUAAAGAGAAUAGGAUGAAGAAAAAGUACGUAUAUCUGACAUUUUUCUUCUAUAUACUGUAGUCUCAGUAUAUAUGUUUUGAAUUCAUUAUGACAUCUUUACAUCACCGUAUCAACCGAAAGGUCCUCAAAUCUGUAAAUAUCUUACUGUUGAUCCACCGUGAUCCUGUUUCCGGAUGUGCUAGGUGUCGCGCAAGAGCAAUGUAUUCUUUCCUUUUUGUCA